AUGGCGACAGCCAAUCUCCAUGUGGCCCUCCAGCUUGCUCAAGCAACUAUCUUCAAUGGAAAAUGCUUUGAGAACGCUGAGAACUAUGCUCGAUACCUCCUCAAGUAUCGGGAUCGUGAUCUCUGUCCUUUGAUCUGGAUCCAUCAUGCUUCAAUAGGGCUUGAGGUAAUGGAUGCUUCAGACUUUCAAGUUGUCGCUUUCGAUGAGAUCAAGGCUAUUCACAAGUAUACUCGUGACACUGGUCGAGUUGAUCCAAAUGUCCUCCCAUUUGGUCGGCUUCCUUAUGAUCUCAAAGUUCUCCACUUCUAUUUAACUCGAGUGUUCCUCCCUUGCUCCUAUGGUCACGCCACCAUUCAUCCAACUGACCUGUGGAUUCUUGCUAGUGCCAAAGAAAAUCAUGCUAUAAGUUAUCCUCGCCUCAUGUUUGGUCACAUGGUAACCUACUAUGAUGACAAUUACAAGGGAGACCUUCCAUUUUCUCCUCAAAUAACUCUCUUGCUGCAAGCUCUCGGCGGUGAUCUGCGCUACAAAGUCUAUCGUGUGGACUUAAUUGAUCGUUUGCUCUCUCAGUUCGUGCUUCGCAAGGUUGAUGCAUCCGUGGGCCGCCGUCGUCCUCGGGUUAAUGCUCCCAGGGGAGAAAGGGUUGCCAAUGUAGUUCCUCCACUUGAGGAUGGACUAAGUCUUACUUAUCUGGUUGAUGAUGAUACAACAAGCUCAAACUAUAUGCCCUCCCCAACCUAUCCGUUUUAA